UUUAACUUGUGCAGAAUGAAGUCGAGUGUUUUAAUUCUGUUUUUGUCAUAUUGCCUUUUGGAGGAGUCAACUUUUUCAGUUGCUAGGGAUUUUCAACAAGAAACUGAAAAUCAAGACAGCGAAGAUCAGUGCAAUUCAUAUUGUUAUUUAACUUUCAAGCCUUUUCUCGACCAUUUAGUUGAGUUAAAACAAGCAGCCAAUACCAGCGAUGAACUAAAAGAAAAAAUAAAUACGUUGGUACUCUCUAACAAGGACUUGCACAUCCAGUUAUCAAAUGCCGAAGGUCUAGACAGGAUUAUUAAUUUUAAAGAUGAACGAAUUGAGGAGACAAGUAAACUACUUAAAGACAAAGAUGAUAAGAUUAAAAACCAAUUAGAUCUGCUCAGGAAUAAAGAAGAAACAAUUUCGAACUUGCAGAGAGAGCUUGCAAUCGCUAAAAUACAAAUCGAAAAUAAAAAUAAUCUAAUUCACAUAAACGAAGAUCAACUAAAAGACAAAAGUGAACAGAUUAAAAACAAAGAAAAACGUAUACAACUAAAGGAACAACAAAUAAAGGAAAAAGAUGAAAAUAUAAACAUUAAAAUUACUCAAAUCAAUGACCAAAGUGCCGACAAUAUGAAACAAAUCGAUGAGCUAACGAACCAAGUAAAGUCCCUUUCGGAAAAGCUAACUGAGAAAACUGAACUGCUUUUAAAAGGCAGCCGAAUGGAUUGUCCAAGAGAAGGUCCAACUGGCAUUUACAACAUAAAAAUGGGCGGAAUAAAUGCCUUUGAAGUUCCCUGCAGUUCUAGUGGUUGGAUGAUAAUUCAGAGGCGUAUGGACGGAUCAAAGGAUUUCAAUCGAAACUGGGUUGAUUACAAAAACGGAUUUGGAGACGUUAAACGAGAGUUCUUUAUCGGGCUCGAAAAGUUGCAUCAAAUGACGGAGGCACAACCAUAUGAACUUUACAUCCACCUUCGGGAUAUAAAUGGAACCAGCCGCUACGCAAAGUACGAUAAUUUCAAAGUUGGGAGUGAGAUGGAGGGAUAUGAACUGACAACGAUAGGGAAUUAUUCUGGUACAGCUGGAGACUCCCUAAAAUACCAUGAGAAAUCAAAGUUCAGCACACAUGAUCGGGAUAAUGACUCUCACCGUGAAAACUGCGCUAGGUUGAAUAAUGGUGGUUGGUGGUAUAAGUCAUGUGCUCACAGUUCACUCAAUGGGAAAUAUUAUAAAAACGGUAAGAAAGAAGCCCAAGGAAAAUACGGAAUUUUUUGGGGUACUUGGAAAGAAUACGACUACACAAUCUCUCUUACCUAUAUCGAAAUGAUGAUACGGCCUAAAAACAUUUGAGUUAAAAAUUUUCAUUAUACUGAAGCAGAGACUUUUUACAAGAUGAAGCCAGGACAAAAGAACAUACAAAUUAUAAAUAAACCCUUUCUAAAUCAGCAAAAGAAUAAAUGAUAUUACAGAAAUUCAUCAAACCACUUGA